AUAGAAUUAUCUUUCAUAGUUGACGCAAGAGUGUGUGAGAGAGACAAAAUGGAUUACUAUACACUUGUGUUUGGAUCAAUUUUUGCUUUGAGUUUUCUGUAUACUCUAGCAAAAUUGUCCAGUAGAGGCACCAAAAAGCUUCCACCAGGUCCAUCACCAUGGCCAAUUAUUGGAAAUAUUCACUUGUUAGGUGCAAAACCCCAUGUAUCACUAGCCAAUCUUGCAAAAACUUAUGGUCCAAUCAUGAGUUUAAAAUUGGGCCAGUUAACAACAGUGGUCAUUUCUUCAUCAUCCAUGGCAGAGCAAGUCCUUAAGUAUCAAGAUCAAGAUUUUUCUGGUAGAUUUGUCCCUAAUGCUGUUCAAGUACACAACUAUUGUGAAUUCUCAGUUGGAUGGAUUCCUGUUUGUCCUGAAUGGAGAAAACUUAGGAGAAUCAUGAAUACAAAUAUCUUCUCUUGCAAUAGGCUUGAUGCAAAUCAACAUCUGAGAUCUCAAAAGGUGAAAGAAUUGAUUGCUUAUUGCGCAAAAUGUAGCCAAGAGGGUAAAGUUGUUGAUAUAGGUGAAGUUGCUUUCAAGAUUAAUCUCAACUUGUUGUCAAACACCCUUUUCUCCAAGGACUUGGCUGAUCCUUUUUCAGAUUCAAAGGUAGAGUUGAAGGACGUUAUCUGUGAAAUCAUGGUUGAGGUAGGGAAGCCCAACCUAGCGGAUUUUUUUCCCAUACUUAGAAAGAUUGAUCUUCAAGGAAUAAGGCGUCGCACAACCAUUCAUUUUGGUAAAUUGUUUAAAAUUUUUGAUGAUUUAAUCAACGAGCGGCUAGAGGAAAGAAAAAUGGGAUUGAGUGAAACAAGUGACGUUCUCGAAACAUUUCUCGAUAUUACUGAAAAAGACCCUGAAGAGAUGGAACAUAAUCACAUCAAGAUCAUGUUCACGGACUUAUUUUUCGGAGCUACAGAUUCAACUACAAGCACAUUGGAAUGGGCAAUGGCAGAAAUCCUUAAACAGCCUGAGGUUAUGAAGAAAGCUCAAGCCGAACUUAAAGAAAUCAUUGGUAAAGGGAAACCGAUUGAAGAAGUUGAUACUUCUCGACUUCCUUACUUACAAUGCGUUAUCAAAGAAACCUUAAGAAUGCACCCACCACUUCCAUUCUUAGUUCCACACGGAGUCGAUCAAAAUGUUAAAUUGUGUGAUUACAUCAUUCCGAAGGAUUCACAGGUUCUAGUCAAUGUAUGGGCGAUUGGUCGAGAUAUUACUUUUUGGGAGGAUCCUUUAAUCUUUAAACCUGAAAGGUUUUGGAGUUCGGAUAUGAACGUACGAGGACAAGAUUUUGAUUUGAUUCCGUUUAGUGCUGGUCGAAGAAUAUGUCCUGCCUUGCCAUUGGCAUUGAGAACACUUCCAGUGAUAUUGGGCUCACUCUUAAAUUCCUUCAAUUGGAAGCUCGAGGCUAAUAUUGGACCAAAAGAUUUAGACAUGGAGGAGAAGUUUGGUUUCACCUUAGCCAAAGCCCAUCCUUUGCGAGCUAUCCCAUCUCCGCUUUGAUGUUGCCGAGUUAAUAAGGGGUCAUUUGGUUGAGAGUAUAAGAAUAAUGUAAAAUAUUGUGCAUUAAUAAUGUUUGUGUUAUUAUGCUUGAAGUAGUUGUGCUUGUAUUUUUCUUAUACAAUGUUUGUUUGAUGUAUUAAAAUAACAAUUACAUAAUUUUUAAAAAAAAAUUACAAAA